AUGUCCUCCAACAGCAGCACGACUUGGGAGACUGAGAAUGGUAGAGGUCGGGCAGAGCAGCGUGUAUCCAUAGAUGCCACUGGAUCCAACAGAGCUCAAUCCCGACCAUCAAGCACUUCGUCGCAGAGCAGUUCCCACAACCUGGAAGGUAGUCCGGACACAGCUGCCGGACGCUCCUGGGAGAUCAAGGCUUCGCCAAUCGUCGCCGCAGGUAACGUUCACGACUGGGAUCAGAGACAAGAUUUGUUCCUACGAGCAAGAAGAGACAUACCUGCAGGCGCAGAGAUCUUGGUCCCGUAUGUGAGGGAAAUGCAACCAUACGACAUGCGAAAGGAACAAAUCUGUUCGUACGGUUUCGUUUGUACCUGUGCGGCCUGCGUUCCAGGUACCGAAUACUUCAAUGAAAGUGAAUUUCGCAGAAUCGAGCUGGAUGGCCUGUGGAAAAUCGUGACUAAGCUGCACUCUAACGGUGCUCCCGAACUGUCAAGCACACCGAUCAAAGAACAGAUCCGGUUGAUGGAGCGCAUGGUGCAGUUAUGCGAUCAAGAACCAGCCAUGCAGCUCUACAAGGCUCAGGUGAGGUUCAUGCUUGGCUUCCGUUACGGCGAAGAAGGGGACGCCGAAAAGGCGCAGCCCAAUCUGGAGGAAGCUGUGAGAUUGUUGACGAUAACCGGGGGCGAGGAUGACGAUAUGACCAAGGAGUGUAAAAGCGAUCUUCGAGACCUGAAACGCGGGCUGCUGCGUUCCCGCGCUCUCGAGGAUAGGCGCGUCGAUGCCCUCCAGGCACAGCGGAAGGGAUGA